AUGGUAUCAUCGAGCCAAACCGCAAGCCCUGAAAUCAUGUCUUCCGCAACAAACACCAAUGAACCUCAGCUUACCAUCCAAUCAUUCCACCAAUAUUCCAGUCUUAUUUCAAUAAAACUAAGUACCACUAAUUAUCUUAUGUGGCGUUCUCAAAUCACGCCUUUAGUUCGCAGUUUAGGUGUAUUUCAUCAUCUCGAAAGUGAGGAAAUUCCAACUGAAGAAAUAAAAAACGACGAAGGAAAGACGAGCCCAAAUCCAGUUUAUGCAGCAUGGAUCGUCAAUGAUGGCCUGCUUCUUUCAUGGCUUUGUGGAACCAUGAAUGAAGAGAUGUUAUCAUCAAUCUUUGAUGCAGGAACGGUUCGUCAACUUUGGAAAUCGCUUGAAGAACAACUUCUCCCGAUUACGAUCGAGAAAGAAGGAAACAUGAAAAACAUGUUCAUGACCAUCAAAAAGGGCUCACGAUCCCUAAAUGAGUACCUAAAAGAAUUUAAGUGGAUAUGCGACAAUCUUACUGCUAUCAAAAAGCCAGUAAGUGAUCUUGAUAAAGCUUUCAGAUUUGCAUAUGGCCUUGGACCCAAAUAUGAAAAUUUUCGGCUAGUUAUGUUGACAAAGCCUCCGUAUCCAGCAUUUAGCCAAUUUUUAUUGGCACUUCAAGGGCAUGAACAAUCCUUAGAGGCAUUACGAGAUGAAGAAAAAAAAAUUUAUCGAACAUGA